GAAUGCUCAGUAGUAAAAUAGAACUCGAGUCGUUUUGGUCGUUUUGGUCGUUUGGUAAACAUGUUCGAUUUGACCGGCAAGCAUGUCUGCUAUGUGGCAGAUUGUGGGGGCAUCACUCUGGAGGCAUGCAAAGUGCUCAUGAGCAAGAAUAUAGCAAAACUGGCCAUUCUGCACAGUGUGGAGAAUCGUCAGGCGAUUGUUCAAUUGCAGUCGAUUAAGCACAGCACGCAAAUCUUUUUCUGGACCUUCGAUGUGACAAUGGCCAGGGAGGAUAUGAAGCAAUACUUCGAUGAGGUCAUGGUCCAAAUGGACCACAUCGAUGUGCUGAUCAAUGGUGCAACAAUAUGCGAUGAGCAGGACAUUGAUGCCACUGUCAACACAAAUCUAACCGGAAUGAUGAACACCUGCGCCACGGUGCUGCCCUACAUGGACAGACAGCAGCUGGGAAAGGGCGGCAUCAUUGUGAAUGUGACCUCUGUUAUUGGAUUGGACCCGUCACCCGUCUUUUGUGCCUACAGCGCAUCCAAGUUUGGCGUAAUUGGCUUCACCAGAAGUCUAUCGGAUCCGUUGUAUUAUAAUCAAAAUGGCGUCGCUGUAAUUGCGGUCUGUUGCGGACCCACAAAACUGUUUGUCGACCAGAAGCUGACCGCCUUCCUCAGGUAUGGCCAAUGCUUUGCCGAUCGCCUGCGGACCGCUCCAUGCCAAUCUCCGGCGAUCUGUGCGAGGAACAUUGUCAACGCCAUCGAGUGCAGUCAGAAUGGACAGAUUUUCAUUGCGGACAAAGGCGGAUUGGAGCUUGUCAAGUUGCAUUGGUACUGGCAGAUGGCCGAUCAAUUAGUGCACUAUAUGACGACAUCCAACGAGGAUGGGGAGAACGAUGACUAACACGAGUGUUAUUAGCAGCACUAUAUGAAUACAACAAAAUAUAAUUACAUAUUACAACUUGA